CAUUUGAUUAAUAAAUUUUAUUAGCAUCCAUAAGGAUAUUUGUGGUAGUGGUGUUUAUUUAUGACUUGUUUGGGGCGGAUAUUACUCGACCCGCAAUAGCAUGGAGCGGAACAUGAUAUUGCUUUCGACCCGCCCUGGCCAGUUUUCGACUCGUUUUAUUACGAUUUGCAUAAAAAUCAACUAUGUAUUUCAACUUAUAUAAUCAAUUAUUCCUUAUAUUAUAUUUGUCAUUCAUUUAUGAAGUUUUUCUCUAUGCCUUAUUGUAAAAGAGUUAAAUAUCGACGUUCUACUUUCAAAUAACAUCUAAGUAUGGAUCGACCCAUCCUACCCUGUACCUGGAGCGAGUAUUACUCGACCUGGCUCACACCAUUCCUUUGCCAUCAAUAAUUACUGAUAAUGUAGUGCAUAACAAUAAGCCCCCAUCUAAUAAAGUUAUCAAGAAAUGGGCUAAUUAUAUGAUCCAUCCAAUAUCGACGUUCUAUUUUCGAAUAACAUCUAAGUAUUGAUCGACCCAUCCUGCCCUGUACCUGGAGCGGGUAUUACUCGACUUGUCUCACACAGUUCCUUUACCAUCAGUAAUUACUGAGAAUGUAACGCAUAACAAUAAGCCCCCAUCUAAUAAAGUCGCCAAGAAAUGGGCUAAUUAUAUUAUUCAUCCAACACAUAAUAAUAAUCACCCGGUGAACUAAUCCCCCAUCUAAUAAAUUUACCAAGAAAGGAAAUGGGCAAAAAUCUUAUACAAUUAGAGGUGGCAAAUGGAUUGGAUUGGUGGAUUGGUGGAUUGGAUUGGUGGAUCCAUGGAUCAAAUGGAUUGGAUCUAAUGGAUUGGUGGAUUCAUGGAUUGGAUCAAGUGGAUUGGUGGAUUAUCCAUGAAUCCAAAUGACAUCCUCAACCAAGGACCAAUAUGUAAAAUGUAAAAAGUUUAGGUGCUAAAAUGUCAUAAUGAAAAAUUUUAGGUACCAAAACGUAAUUUUCCAAUGAUAUUUUUCACAUAAAAAAUUAAAUUUUAAGUACCAAAAUGUAAAAAAUAAAAAUUAUAGGUACUAAACCGUAAUUUACCAAUGAUCCAUGGAUCCAAUCCAUGAAUCCACCAAUCCAAUUGGAUUUGGAUAAAAUAGAUUGGAUUUAAAUGGAUUGGAUUAGGUGGAUAUUUUUAAUGGAUUGAUGGAUUGCAUUGGUGGAUUGGAUUGAAAUUGUCACCUCUAUAUACAAUGCAUCCAACGCAUAUCAAUAAUUCCCCGGUGAACAGUAACUAAAGAGUUAUGCGAGCGGUAAUUUCGUGAGGAACAGUAAGUUCCCUUGGGCUUUUAAUUAAUUGAUAAGCCAAAAUGUGUGUGGCUAAGUUACUAAAAGGUUGAGCGAUCACUAGAACUCAUGGGGAGAGAUCGCUCAUAUUGUUGAGAGUGGAUGUUGUGGAUGUGGUAUACACCGCAAGAAUUUGGCGAUUGCGAUUAGGAGUGUGUAACGGUUUGGUUCUCACCCGAUUGUGUCAGAUCAAGCCGACAUUUGUACCGACCAUAUAGUCAUUGAUAUGAGCUUGGAUUGCUUCCAUUCCAAGUUAGAAUUGUUUGUUCAAGAAGCUAAGUCAACUCAUUUGCACAAUCUAAAUUUUUGGCCAAGUAUUAAGAUGAGUUCAGAGAGCCAACUUUGUGAGCUCGAACCUUCCAAUUGGGUUGAUAGAAAUGCGAGGUUAAGGUGUUGUCUUGAAGAUAAACACUUCCUCUAUAAUAUGGCAUGGGAUUCGGGUUCAUACAAGGUCGUUAAGGCUGUGUUUCAAGGCCUCAAAGUAGCUGUCUCAAAACUGGCAAACUGCCAGAAUUUGGCCAAGUCUGGAGGCAUGGUCAGGAAGGUCACUUUGGAGCUCCAUUCAGGGAAGAUGGGUUCGAAUCAGGGAAGGAUCUUUGUACCACAUGAAAGUGUGUUUGUUUUUCUACAGAAGCAAGGUAUUGGCUAAGGAGAUAGAGACCUGGAGGGAUGUGAACGUGAGGGUCAAAGUUGCUAUGGAACCUGUUUUGGAGGCAGCUUACAUGAGCUACAAGUUUUGGGUAUUAUGGACGAGUCGGAAUUCCUUUUCUGUUUAGGUUUGUUACCUUUAGACGUAGUAGGAUUAAUUAGCUUCCCUUGUUUGUUUUGUACUCGAAUUAGGUUUUAGUUUGCUUAUUUAAAGACCUACAAACUUCAUUGUAAUAGUUAGACGUUAAUCAAUUAAGAACUUGUUCAUUGAGUUUUCAACUCGUGGAUUGUCCUUGUUGCUUGGUUCAAAUCGCCAACGACGAGCGAGCCUUGUAUCGAUUGAGUCGUCACCUCAAUCGUGGUCAGAUGAGUCAACAUAUUUAUUAGAUAUGAUGAUGAGUCGAUUUAUUGACUAAUUUGAUCCAAUUGUCAUGAUUCGUAUAGGUAUUUAGACGGACCCAGAGCAAUAUACUUAAUUACUACCAUCUGGAAGAAAAACUUAAUACUGAUGUAGUGGUUCGGAUUAUCAUUCUAAGUUUCAAACUGCAAAGAAAAUUUAUUUUUGGUUGAAUGACUGAAAUUUUAGUGCCCAAAAGUAUAGAGACAAGUAGACAACUAAUCUUAUUGGCUAUCUAUUUCAAGCUGGCAGGCUUUGGUUGACAGUCCAUCACUAACUGGACCCAAGUUCUGAAGCAAGUGCAUUCUGGUCCUGCCCAAUAAAAGCCCAUAGAUCAAUCAAAUCCUUCACUUUUGCUCUAAAAACACUUUGAUCCCCCACCUAGCAUAUUUAUUCCUUACUAACUCCUAAAGUUCUUCAUUUUGUUGUUUCUGGUGUGGCUGAAAUUCUCAAUCUUGAAUAUUGGUAGAUGGUCUUGCAAUUGCAUCCAUUUAUAUUUUUACAAUGAUAGAAAUAGAAUCGUCCACUCAUAGGCAUGUCAGUUUUGUAUUUUGACUCUGUACUAUGUAGCCUUUUCAAGAGAGAAAUUGGAUUGUUUUGGAACUUUCAAUAUUAGUUCACAUAAUUUCAAACAUUUUUUUCGCAUAAUAUUUAAUUCUAAAGUGUUUGAAUAACAUCUUUAGCAUUUU